CCAAACAGUGAACUUCUGGCCUGGCCUCUUCUUACACAGCUCUGGUUUCUUGGAAUGAUUAGUAAUCCUUGCUUCUUCCACUGAUUUGUCAGCUCAUUGCCUAACAGAACUUCGUCAAGCAUGUGACAUGUGUCAUCUCUGCCUAAGAAGACAUGGCUACUGUCCCCACUCUGCAGAUGAGCAAACUGAGGCUCCCAGAGAAAAUUACUGGCAUUGCUUUGUACCCUUAAUUUGGUACCAGGAAAGAUGGGAAAAGAUGAAGAACAUUUUAGAAGCUGGUUUCUCCCCACUGUGGAAGGGGUUGGAUGAUGUACCUCGCUCUCUGGGACGCCCCACUUGGCUGUAAUCUCAGGAAGGCUUCUUAAACCCCGGCUCAUCUCACAGUCACUUCUGGAAGCUACUUGAGGAAAAAAAAAAAAUGAUGUGACAGACCCUCUCAGGAAGGAUUUUCAGAAACCCAACAUCCGCAGAAGAAAGUGGCCCAUUUCCCUUUUGCAAAGUAGACAUUCUCAGAUCCCAAAAUGCCAGCCAAGACACCGAUUUACCUAAAAGCUGCCAAUAACAAGAAAGGCAAGAAAUUUAAACUGAGGGACAUCUUGUCCCCCGAUAUGAUCAGCCCUCCCCUCGGAGACUUCCGCCACACCAUUCAUAUUGGCAAAGAGGGCCAGCACGAUGUCUUUGGCGACAUCUCCUUCCUGCAAGGGAACUAUGAGCUGCUCCCAGGGAACCAGGAGAAAGCGCGCCUGGGCCCCUUCCCCGGGCACAACGAGUUCCUGCGGGCCAACAGCACCUCCGACUCCGUGUUCAUAGACACGCCCUCCCCGGUGCUCAAAAAUGCCAUCUCCCUCCCGACCAUCGGAGGGUCCCAGGCACUCAUGUUGCCCUUGCUGUCGCCGGUGACAUUUAGUUCCAAACAGGAGUCCUUUGGGCCGGCCAAGCUGCCCCGGCUCAGCUGUGAGCCGGUGGUGGAGGAGAAGGCCCCCGAGAAGAGCGGUCUGCUGGAGAACGGGACAGGCCACCAGGGAGAUGUCUCAUGGGGCUCCAGCGGCUCCGCGUCACAGUCAAGCCGGGGCAGGGACAGCCACUCUUCCAGCCUCUCCGAACAGUACUCUGACUGGCCGGCCGAGGACAUGUUUGAUCAUUCCGCCCCGUGCCAGCUCAUCAAGGAGAAGACGAAAUCAGAGGAGUCCCUCUCUGACCUCACGGGUUCCCUCCUCUCCCUGCAGCUCGAUCUGGGGCCUUCCUUUUUGGAUGAGGUGCUGAAUGUCAUGGAUAAAAAUAAGUAAUGGACACCGUGGACUCCUGUCCUUUGGGGGAAAAGGUAUCAGAAAAUAAAAACGAAACUAACCACAGUCAAAGAGAAGAGCUUCACUGGCUAUGUGUGCAGUUGUGCGUGAUGGGUUUUCUAAAAUCAUGUUCCUACGAAAUAUUUUUUGUACCUGUGAUGCCCUGUUUGCAAAAACAAUUAG